AUGAGCAUUCGCUCCGGGAGAGAAGUUCUCUAUAUAAUACUCGAUCCGUGGUAUUAUAUCCGUGGUCCAGGCUCCAGACGAGCGCUCACGUGGUCGCUUUGUCAGCUAACCAACCAACAUGAUGAAGAAAAGGAGAUUCUCGAAGUCGUUUCGGGGGGUAGUAUAGUUGCGGUGCCCGCGAUGCCAGCGCAGGAAAUAAUCCACUUUCAAAAAUUCCAAAAUUAUAUGUCUGCUAAUUACGGUCACAUUUGUGAUCCUACGAAUGAAAAACCCUGUGGUAAUUCAAGUCUAGAAUGUAAAUUAACAGACUUGAAUAACGUUUUUACAUGCACUUAUAAAGUACAAUUGGGACAGCUCUGUAAAGUUGAUGAAGACUGUAAUGAAUAUAUAUCACGUGCAGAAUGUUCAAAACAAAAAAAAUGUGUUUGUAAAUUAGGUAGUAUCCAAGCGGGUAAAGUAUCAUGCUUCCCACUGUUAGGUGAGUUUUGUGAAGAUAAUGAAACAUGUCAACCGAAUAAUUCCAUUUGUUUCGAUAAUUUAUGCCAAUGUGAUAAUGGCUAUCUACCAAAUUUUAAUCGUAUAUGUUCACCAAUUUUGCUGGGAACAUAUUGCGAAAAUAACAACGAUUGUAUAGGUAUAAAAUAUGCUGAAUGUUCAAAGGAAAAUUAUUGUACUUGUAAAGAUCAUACAGUUCAAAUUAAUCCAUCUAGAUGCGUUGCGACCCCGCAUUUCAUCUGUGAGUCAAAUAGUCAAUGUGAAGAAAACAAAUUGUGUAUUAAUUAUAGAUGCCAAUGUAAGCCUGGAUUUCACUUAAGCCCUGCUUUUAAAUGCGUUUCAGGUCAUUUAGGGAUGAACUGCGAGACUGAUAAUGAGUGUAGUAACUUGAUAAGACAUUCAAUGUGUUCUGCAGAAAAAAAAUGUGAAUGUGAUCACUUUCAUUAUCCUAUAGAAGAUUCGGUUUGUGCUUCAACUAUUAACGAUGCUUGUAAAAAUAGCGAACUAUGCACAAAUGGAUUUACUUUAUGUCUCGAUAAUAAAUGUCAUUGUCAACCUAAUUAUGUUUAUAAUGGGAAAAAAUGUGUUCCAGCGUCUAAAAAUUGAAGUUAAA